AUAAUAUCACGUUCAACACAAUGGAGAUGGGGAAAAUUGCAGAUUCCAAAGAAGUUAUUUACAUACCAUCAGGCAAUAUCAGUGAUAAUCAGCAAGAACUCAUACGUGACGAUGAGCACAAAAGGAGAGAGACAUUGUUCUUACAUUUAUCUGCAUUUACAGCAUGCAUGGUCCUAUUCGCCGGCACCACAGACAUGGUAUGGACCUCCCCGGUCAUCCCCAAGCUGAAAUCCAACGACUCCGACAUCAACCCCCUGGGCCAACCAAUCACCGCCUACCAGAUCUCGCUCAUAGCCGGCCUGCCCGCCCUGACCCUAGUCGUGGGCGGCCUCGCGUUCGCCAAGCUGCCGAACCUCAUAGGCAGGAAGCGGGCGAUCAUGUGCAUGGCCGCCGGGAUGCUGGCGUCCAAUAUAGCGGUCGCGUGCGGAGGUCACGUGUAUGUGUACUACGUGGGCAGGUCGGCGUUCUCCUUGUUCCGGGGAGCUGCAAGCAUAGCCGUCCCGAUUUACCUGAGCGAGAUAUGCGAGGACUGCAACCGGGUGAAGUUCGGGUGUCUGAUGGGGCUAGCUAACCCUGCGGGGAAUCUGUUCGGGUACCUUGUAGGCCCUGUGACUUCAGUGCGGGUUUUCACGUUGCUGUGUGUGGCUCCUUUGGUGCCGAGCCUACUGUUUUUCUCGACCGUAGUACCAGAGUCGCCUGUUUAUUUGGCGAGUGUGAAGGAUCGAGUGGGGUCGAUCAGGGCACUGGGGAAGUUGAGGAGGUAUGAGGAACCCGAGGAGAUCGAGAGGGAUUACAAGAGGAUCGAGGAAUCGUUGGAAGCUAGAGCGGGGGUCAAGUCCUCGGGAUUUCUGUCGUUGUUUAAGACAAGAGCUGUGCGUAGAGGACUCUUGAUUGGGGUGGGGCUCAAGUUGGCGCAAAAUUUUGCUGGGGUUGUGGUGAUUAUGUCGUUCUUGGGACCGAUGUUUAACGACGCUGGUACUCGCUUGUCUGGAAAUUCUGUGGCUAUAUUAGUAGGAAUUGUUAAAAUUAUUACUUUCUUGGUGACUUCGUUUACAGUUGAAAAGGUGGGUAGAAGGCCUCUACUACUUUUUUCUUGUAUUGGGUCUGGAAUACCUUUAUUCUUUCUUGGUUUAUAUUUCUACUGGAAAAAUAACAAUCAAAUGUUCAUUGAAGAUAUCCGCUGGCUACCUAUUGUUUGUAUACUAGGUUACAUCAUAUUUUUUUCUUUGGGAUUGGGUCCAAUUCCCAUCGCUUUAGUAAGUCAAUUAUUUCCAAGCGAUAUAAUUUCAGUGGCAAUUUCAUUUACUAUGACGAUUAUGGCUAUUGUGGUAUUUUUGCUGACAUCUGCAUAUCCGAUUGUGUCCGAAAUCUUGGGGGUACAUUAUUUUAUUUGGUUAUUCAGUAUGUGCUGUUUUGUGAGCUCUGGAUUCAUAUACUUUAUGGUUCCUGAAACUAAAGGUAAAAGUAUUUUGGAAAUUCAGAAAUUGCUAGAGAAGAAAUAA